AUGUCAACCGCCGGCGACGGUGGCAUCAACGCGCCGCCGGAGUUCCCGGCAGAGCAGGUAGCAUUCCCCACGCCAUCACUGACCGUCGUCUUGACGACGGUCCUUCUGAUCCUCUUCUUUGUGGGCCUUUUCUCCAUCUACUUCUGCCGAUUCUUUCUCGACAGCCUGAUGGACGGCUGGAACGCCGCCGGCCGGAUUCCUUAUUUCACCGACAACGCGAUCAUCAACCACAAUUCAAUCGGCGGCGACGGCGUUGCCAAUCCAGAGGAGCAAGGGCUCGAUCCGGCCUUGGUCCAGCUUUUCCCGACGUUUCCCUAUUCAAGCGUCAAGGAGUUCCGGCGAGAGAAGCACGAAUUGGAGUGCAUCAUCUGCCUCGCCGAAUUCGAGGAAGACGACCUCCUCCGCCUCCUCACCGUGUGCUACCACGUGUUUCAUCCGGACUGCAUCGACCUCUGGCUCCGAUCCCACAAGACGUGCCCCGUCUGUCGGCGAGACCUGGAGCAGGUCUCGCGCGACAGCCUCGAGAAGGUUCCGCUCAAAAUUUUCGACAGCAGCGCUCCUGUCGAAAAUGUUGAGGACGGCGACGAUGGGAGCCUUCUCGAUGGAUCCACUGCCAUCACUGUCGAUCAGGAUCGCUGCCUGAACGGCGGUGGGGACGAUGAGGAAACGGGAAGGAGGAAGAGGGUGGAGAGUGAUCAGCUGAGAAGGUUUUCGAGGUCUCAUUCCACGGGGCACUCCAUAGUGGUGUCCCGAUCGUCGGUUGGGGAUCACGGGGAGGACGAGGAUGAUCGAUACACGUUGAGAUUGAUGGAGAAUGUGAAGGUUAGAAUGGUGUCGGCAUCACAUCGGCAUUGCGCGGUGGAGAGUUGUAUCGCAUUUGGUGAAUACUCUGGUAUCAGAAAUACAUAUAAUAAGAAGAAGAGCAAUGAUAUUGGUACCAUUAAUGGUUAUUGCGGUGGAUUUGGAGAGGUGUCGGGAACUUCCAUCACCGGAAUAGUUAGUAAGUCAUAG